AUGCUAGAAAUUGCCAACUUGCGGAUACAAAACAAACACCAGCGUGCGGGCACCGCAAAGCGUACGGGCCGGAGCGGCCAAGCAGUCCCUCCCCGGCUCAGCCCGGAAGGUGGAACUGCAGUUCUCCGGGGUCGGGCCCGGGCCGCACGGACGGACGGACCGAUGGACGGUGGGACGGUCCCCGCGCCGCUCUCCCCACUUCCUCCCGGCAGCGCCCCGGCCUCCCUCUGUCCCUCCCCCGGGGGUGGGGGUGGGGACCGCCCCGGAGGCCCCGCGACCCCGCGCGACCCCGCGCGACCCCGCGCGGCCUCUCCGGGCGCGCCUCACCGCUGCUCCGUCGCGAAGCACAUCGCCCUCGGGACCCGCCGUCCGAGCUGGCUCGCCCCGCUGGGGCCAAUGGCUCUGGCACGAGCGCGGUUUGAAAAUGGCGCGGAGAGACGGUCGCGCCCCACGAGGAGGGAGCGCCGCCGCGGUUGCCCAGGACUGCAGGAGACAUUAGAGGUACCACCAUUAUCUGCACCGCAGCCAGUCUCCCCUAGGAUUCUGGCCCUCAAUUUGGAGACUACUGUGAGAGACUGGGCCGGACCUUCAGCUGAGAUACAUGGCACAGAAUGGUGUUCAUUCUGAUGCUGUGUAGGAUCUGAUUAAGCUCAUCAUAUUUAUGCCCCUUCAAUAAAAACAUAUAAGGUUAUGUGUUUUUAUAAGCUCCAUGUAUAAAUCCCAAGGAAGGUUAUUGUAAAUACAUUUUAGCACCACUUCAAGGUUACUUUUUUUCCCCCACAUUAAAUGUCAGAGCCUAUGAACUUCCUCAUCAAAGUGAGGAGUGUUUGAGAUGGGAUGCAGUUUUGUUGCACCGCUUGAAGAUCCUUUUGGAAGGUGCUUUCCCUGAAGGCUGCAGUAGUGACAGGUCAA